AUGAAGGUUAUUCUAGUAGUCCUACUUGUUCUUGUUUCCACUUGUUCUAUUCAUUGUGCAAAAGACAUUCAAGAAUACGUCGAUCAGUUAUUAGCAACUUUUGAUGAUAAACUAAAUGUUCUUGAUACAAAUCCAGGUUUUUGGACUCACAUUUAUGGUGUGUACAGACAACAGUAUCCACGUGCUCCAGUUUCGCUUGCUGCCGAAGGACGGUCAAUGUUGACUGUAGAACAACAACGUAUUCAAGCAUUUAAAGCAAAUGUGAAAUAUAUUUUAAAACAUAACGACAACCCAUUGUCUACGUUUAAGCUGAAAAUCAAUGAUCUUACUGAUUGGACAGAUGAUGAAUUGUCAAAACUACGUUCAAAAAUCCAAACUGAAGCUCCUCGGAUCGCAGUACCACCGAUGAUGAUGAGUAAACAGAAAAAAACUUAUCCAUCAGAAUAUGAUUGGACAAAUCAAACAAGAGUUCCCGGUGCUGUCAGAGGUAUUCUGAAUCAACGACACUGCGGGAGCUGUUAUGCUUUUGCAAUGGCUGCUGCAUUAGAAAAAACCUAUGCUGAACUAUAUCCAAAUACAACCGACAGCUUAAGCCCACAACAAAUAAUUGAUUGUUCAACGACAACAAACGGCUGUGNUGCUGCAUUAGAAAAAACCUAUGCUGAACUAUAUCCAAAUACAACCGACAGCUUAAGCCCACAACAAAUAAUUGAUUGUUCAACGACAACAAACGGCUGUGAGGGUGGCUCUUAUGUUGGAACAUUUAGUUAUAUUCGAGAAAAUGGGUAUCGUUUAAAUUCGGAAACAGACUAUCCUUACGGAGCAAAUGGUGCAAAUCAAACAUGUCAAAAACAAGGUGGUGUAUUGCUAACGUAUAAUUCAACAUAUAAACUGAAUUAUAAACAACUGCCAACAGAAAAUGAAGAAACGCUGAAACAAGUCAUAUACGAUCUUGGACCCGUCUAUGUUUAUUAUAAUGCUGGUGAUCGAAAAUCAAACGAUACACAAAUUUUGGAGGUUUCUCGAAAAUUUGACCAUUACGCCAGUGGCGUCUACGAAGCUCCAGGAUGUUGUACAAGUUGUCAUAUGAAUCAUGCGAUGGUCAUUGUUGGGUAUGGAACAGAAAAUGGAACGGAUUAUUGGAAAUUAAGAAAUUCAUGGGGUCCGACAUGGGGUGAUAACGGGUUCAUUAAAAUAAAACGAGGAGUUAACAUGUGUGGUGUAGCAACAUGGCCCUAUUACACUGGAUUAUUUUAA